AUGAAUCCGGCAGCAUGUAAAAGGCAAAUGACUCAUUUGGCACGCAAAAUUCGACAUGUGCUCAUAUUGGGACGCGCGAGCCGAAUCGGCGAUUGGAUAUUUCACAUUUCCCUUAUAUUGUUCGCUUUUGUGUGCGGAGCUGCUUGGUACACGCGAACAAUUAAUAUGUGGGCGAUGAAAAACAUUGGAGAUACAUUCCUCCGCAAAGAAAUCAAUUCACGCCAAAUUAUUUUGGGCGCAUUUUGGAGGGUUGAACACGAGCAGAAUGUCGAUGGAAGAUACGCAGUCAUUCAUUUUCUCGGCGACGGACGAAUCGAACAUCCGCUUUAUUGUCUUUCGAUCCAGGCGAAUAAUAAAUAUUUAAUAACUCGGGCGAAUGUUCAACGGAUACACCGUGGAAAACGAGCAUCGUCGGAUAUUUGCUCAUGGGCGGGACAUAUUGCGGAGUGUGCGCUUGAUGUGCAUUCAUUCAAAGAAUUCAAAAUUAGCACAACUCCGAAUAUCGAAGACGCAAUGCUGAUUGCACCAGAAGCCCCAUUGAAAGAGAAGAAGCAUGAUAUGGUUGUGUGCAUGGCUCCAAUGUAUAUAUAUACGGAUUGGGAAAUAUUAAUAACUGGAAUUGAAAUUUGGUUGGCGAUGGGCGCCACGAAAAUCGUGGUACCGGUGCAAUCAGCUUCAGAAACAACAUACAAAAUACUGCAAGAAUACGAACGAAUGGGAAUUGUGAUAAUCCGACAUUGGCCGAAAUGGCCAGUCCUUUCCGACACAAAUCCGAAUGGACUUGUGUUGAGUCGCGGAAUCGAGGAAUCGCACGUUAACUGUCUGUUCUUCGUCAAACCAUGGGCCGAUAUCGCCGUCUUUUCCGAUAUUGAUGAUUUCUUGUUGCCACUUCAGCCCGACAAAUUCAAUAUUGGUGACAAUUUGCAAAUUUUGAGGAAUUUAUUUGCUGAGCAUCCACAAGCAGGAUCAUUAUUAUUCGAACACCGCGAUGUUCAAUUUGUGCCUCCGAAUCGACAAAAUGACCAAAGUCUUUCAAAAUUCAACUUUGAAUUUUUGAGAAACUCCAAAAAUAAAAUGAAUUGCAAUGUUUGGAGGAUGAAGACGAGAGUUGUUGUAAAUGCAAGCCGAGUUGAUAGUGUGAACAUGCACGAGGCGGGAAUCCAUCGAUUCGGAUACAUUCAGACGCGGGUUCCAUGCCGACAGGCUCAUUUUUACCAUUUACGGCAUUCUCAUAAUACAGUUCCUUCGCCGACUCCAAUCAAUAUGGGAGCAUUAUCCGAUUUGCUCAACAAACGAUGGAGUGAAAGACUUGAACAAUUCUCAGAAUUCAAAAACCAACUUGUGAAUAAGACAAACACGGAAUAUUUAGAAGAUUUCGAUCGAUGUAUGGGAGCAAUCAAUGAUGAGCAUUGGUCAAUGAAGGUUUCACGUUGUCUCACACCUCACGUGUGUUUCAGUCGAGUUCGUCGACAAGCUGACUGCGUCGCCGUCAGCGCCGAUUACGAGUUUUACAGAUCUGGUCGCGGGUAUUUCAUUAACGCAAUGAACACAACAAUUCAAAAAUCGGAAACUAAUUGCGAGUCACCUGUGCCAGUUUUCACAUCAGGAAAUCACUAUUUUGCGCCGUAA